AUGGCAAUGGGGGGUGUCUUUGGACAGCGAACAAGAAUUGGGUGGGUUCCGUGGGGGACGCGUCAGGCUCGCGACACAAAAACGAAGCAGAGUCAAGGGCGGGUAAAUGAAGGAGGAGAUGGAGGAAAAAAAAAAAGACUAAAGCACUAUACACGAAAGAAAAACCACAGUCACGUGGUCAACUAUAAACAUCGCGCUACACGGGAUCUGCAGGAGAAGCGAAGGAAACCAAAGUCACCACACACGAGGGAAACACAAUCACGUGAACCAAAAGACGUACAUCGCGUCACGUGUGCACCGUCGUUUUCCGUCGCCGCCGCGCGCAGUCCGCGCGCCACGUGCCUUCGACUCCGAGCCGCCCGUCCGUGCGCUGCGGCUAACUCUAGCGGGCCCGUCCCUCCGCGGCUACGUCUCCGCUGCUGCCACGUGUACCGCCCGGUGCUCCGAAGACCGGCCCGUAGCAGCCGCCCCGCACGGCGCUGCCGGCCGUGGCCCGCGACUUCGUUCUUCUCUCGUUGGGGAAUGCCUCUGGUUGGCUCUGUCGUGUUUCCGACGCACCUAUUGCGCUCUCGUCCGCGCGCGUCCGGCAGAACGCCGGUGCCCAACGCAAAUUUUUCUCUAUUUUUUUUUUUUCGAUGA